AUAUUCACGAAAUAGCUGUCUAUAUCUAUCUUAAAGUGAUUAGAUCUUACUGUACAUUUGUUGUUUAUCUAUUGGUUUCAAUAUUUUUAAUUGAACACACUCUAGGCCCAUAUGAUUCCGUAGGUGCUUUCAACACCUUCUUGGAUUUAAACUGUUGUUCUUGCAUCAGGGCUGGGACAACGUGACCUAUGAUGGUGAUGUUGUUAUUGAGGGGGUUGCAUAUUCUUCUCUCAAUAGCAUGUGAAGGCUAAGGUCCUUUUGAAUAAACGAAAUCCUUUGCUACCAAACAGAGCUUCUUCUCCUCUUUCACUUAAGAUUUUGGUACUGUUUUUUAUUUGUUUGUUUUUGAGCACAUAUUCUUCAUAUGUGUAGACUUCUGUAGCUGACUGUUUGAUUUCAUCAAUGCAGAGACGAUAUCAAAGUUCGGCUCAGGACUGUUUCUUCUUGUACAAGUUAUUCUGCUGUUGGAUUUUGUACGUGGAUGGAAUGAAAAUUGGGUUAGCAAAGAUGAACAGUUCUGGUACAUGGCGUUGUUUGUUGUCUCGCUUGUUUGUUAUGUGGAAACAUUUUCCUUCUCGGGGCUGCUCGUCCACUGGUUUACUCCCUCAGGACAUGAUUGUGGUCUUAACACCUUUAUCAUUAUGACUUUGAUUCUGGUUUUCAUUUUUGCUAUUGUGGCGCUGCAUCCAGCUACAGGAAGAAUUUCAGAAGCAAAAUCUCUCCUCGAAAGGAUCCAACCUUCAUCUUCGGACUCAGACAAGCGUGGCCUGGAUUUGUAUAUGAAAUCCUUUGAACGUGCAUGUGAAAUGCUAGCAGGUCUCAAGUGUCAGUUGAUGAAUGGAGCGAUAGGAACAAAAAUCCAGAGAUCUUCUGCUUCCUCUAUUAUGGGAAUCUUGAAUUCCCCAGGUUCUGGUGAGGCAAAGAAGAACUGUGGACUGCAAGUCCAGAAGGAGCUGACGGAAGCAGAAAUGCAUGAUAGGGCUGUGGAUAUAUGCAAAUGGGUGAGGUCCAGUCAUUCAGUUGGGCCCCACAAGGGCUAAAAAUCAAUGGUAGGAUCGAGUCAUCUGAAUGCAGAGUCAUCUGCCUAUUCUAAAAUGGGUCCCAUUUAAUCAAGGGACUGCACAAAGCUCUUGGUGAACUUCCAUUCUUCUGCAGCGGAUAGGAAGCUAAAGGCGGUCCACUGGAAGUACUCUAAUCCUCUACGUGGAGCUGUCACUUUACUCCCUCCGUCAUCGAAAUUCUUAAAGGAGUCGAAGGACGCUGCCUCCACCUGACUGCUGACUGGUUUGGGUUGUGUUUCCCCCCAAACAUGUACAGCCAAUGACCACUAGUUUUGUUUGUUGGAGUGAAUAUUCAUCUCUCUGAUGAUAUCUCUCUAUUAGUAACUCUUCCUCAGGAGUGGUGUGUUUAUGACAUGUUUAAGAAUUUGCAGAAACAACUUCAAAUUUCAGUUGGGAAUGAAUAGUCUGUUUAA